AUGACUGUUUUAUGGAGGCUGUUCACAACCCUAAGUUUAAUUUGUUACACGGAAUCCAAGUGUUCUCCGACGUCUUAUUACAAAAACUGUUGGAUUCGGCGCUUCUCUGGUCUUUUUGUAGACAUUGAGGAGUCGCAACGCAGGGGAGCUCAACUUCUGAAGUUUUAUCAAGAGGAUUCCGCUCUAAAAUGCAGUCGAGCAUGUUGCCUCACUCGUAAUUUCUCCUGCAAUCUUGCUGUGUAUCACUUCAACACCACCCAAGAUAGUGUCAACUGCUUUCACCUCCACUGCCCCAGCCUGGAGAGCUGCAUCCUCAGAUACAGAGGCAAUGUCAUCCUCUAUAACGUCACCAAAGGUGUAGAUCCAGACCUGUUGGUUUUUGGGAAGUACUUCACCUCCAAUGUGCGUCUGUGGCCGCACAUGGCGUCCUCUAAGCUGAAUGCCUCAGAGCCAUUGGUCACCGACAAACGUCACUUCAGUUGGCCGCCUGUCCAGCCUUUGACGUACGCCCAGACUAAACAGACAAGCACCACUCCCCAGAGGUCCUCCCAGCAAACCUCCUCUACCAUCUCCACCACCAUCACAGAGACACCCAAAAACACUACUCCCAACGUCACACUCAGUACCAGUGCAACACCACUACUUAAUGCGGUCACAACAAUCACCCUCACCCAUCACUCAAGUGUCCGGACAGCCCUUCCCACACAGACUACCCGCAGCUACACCACCACCACCAGUAAGACAACCAGUACUCCACUUACAGUCCCUCCUCCACAGCACACCACAGCUUCACCUCCAGAGACCAACAGCAGCUACAUCACGUCCCUUACCGUGCCUGCCAACAUCGAAGGAGACAAGCCUUACCCCAACGACACCAAGGGCUACAUCAGCCGCAACUACACCACCACGGACGGCCAGCCACCUGACGGAGGGGACUUGACCCCAGUGUGGCAUCUAGCUACUAGCACGGCGUUGGUUGUCUUGGUUGCAUGUGCUACGCUGCUGUUUGGCUGUUGCUGCUCUGUUUUGCUGGGAGUAAGCUGGAGGGGGAGGAGGAGGAGGAAAGGGCGAUACCGCACAGCCUGGAGGGGCAAGAGAGGCUCCAUGCGCCUCAUUAAGUAUGUCAUUGUCAGGGAGAGCUUCUGA